GCCUGUUCUAUUUGGGCUAUGUCGUCAAUGCGGUCAGUCCUGUCAACCAUCGGCAGCUUGUCCGACUACGAGGAAGUUCGACAGCUUGGCAGCGGUACAUACGGCGACCUUUUCGUAUGCAACCGAAAACGAGACAACGAAAUCGUCUGUGUCAAGCAUAUCGAGCUGGGCCAUCUCACCACAGAACAAAAGGCAGCGUGUUGGAAUGAAGUGCACGUGUGCGAACGGCUCGUGCACCCCAACAUCAUUGCGUACCACAGCGCCUUCUUGGAUCGAAAGGGCACUUUGCUGGCCAUCGAAAUGGAGUAUUGCGACGGAAGUGACUUAGCAGCAUGGCUUUACAACCACCAGCAUGACAUUGACCAGUCCGUGGCGCUGCCGCUGUUUGUUCAGAUUGCCUUGGCGUUGCACCACAUGCACGGCUGCCACGUGUUGCACCGCGAUUUAAAGCCUAAAAACGUGUUUGUGUUUGAGAAUGGCCGGGUCGUCGUCGGCGACUUUGGUAUUUCCAAGUGUCUGGACUUGUCCAAUGGAUUCGCGCAAACACUAGUUGGGUCUCCAGCGUACAUGUGUCCUGAGAUAUUCGAAGGGCAGCCGUACCAUUUCAAGGCCGAUGUGUGGGCCCUUGGGUGCAUUCUGUACGAACUUCUCACGGGAAGGUGUCCGUUCAAAGCGAGCUCGUACCCUGCGCUCGUGACGCGCAUUACCUCUGGCGUGUUCGAUCCACUUCCGCUGUCAUCUCGUCCGUCGUUGGCUCGCUUGGUCUCAUCGAUGCUGUCGUUGAGACCUGAUGACCGCCCGUCCAUUCGCGAGAUCUUGCAAUCCCCCGGCUUGCAGCGCUACGUUCAACAAUACGUUGAACGUGCACACGAGUAUUUUAAUGUGGAUGCACAAGGCGAGAUCGCAAGGGGGGCCCUGCGCUCGCAGCAGCACGAGCUCUUAGCGAAGGGGAGUGUAGCCAGUCAACAUGCUGUCCAUCCCACCACGGGUCCCGAGAUCGAUGUCAAAACUCUUGUCAAGUCCAAGAAUAUCGCGACGGCGGACUCGACGUUGGACGCAAAAGCCAUCGUGCAGCUACGAGCAGUGCAAACGGCCCAGCGAUACAAAGAAAAACCUGGAGGGAAAAUAGCCAUGGACGUGCCCCGCUGUGAUAUCCACGUUCGGUCGAUUCAAAUCGUAUUUGGGGCAUUCACAUGGUGUAUCGAUAGCUGCACCAAUUCGACGCCAACCUGCCUUCAAACUUGCAUUUUCAGCCCCCACCCGCACCACCUCUUCAAAACCCAACUUGGAAAUCUCGACAGUCGUUGAAAGUGACCCCACGCGGCAGCCCCCCCAAGUCGCCACAUCAUCGGACGAAAACAAUGCGAGGCGUGUCGCCCCCUCCCCCUCCCGUGGUGGGCAUCAUUCGACCCCCUCAGUUGACGUUUCACGGUCUGGUCGCACAACGUAAAGGCGCUGCUAUGGAAGUUGUUGGCACCCAGCUGAAAUCCGCAACCAAAUCGCAAGCACUCAAGUAGUCGUUGUUUUGCUGACCGCGACAUGAAACUCAUAUUAAAUGCAACAAUUUACACUCAGCUAAGAC